AUGAUUAUGGCAUUUCUUCAUAAUUUUGAUUUUUGUUAUGCAGAUCGGGCUAGACAAGCACAACAAUACCUUCCACAUAGUACACCGUAUGUCUACAUUCGUAGAAUGAAUGUUGCAAAAUAUCAACAAGGGAAAGGAAGUGGAUUACGAUUAUUGAUCAAGGUAGUUAAAAAAGCUAAAAAACUGGGUGUAGAUACGUUUCCCGAAGCUUCGCCUGAAGGAACACCAUUAUACUUGAAAGCUGGCGCAAAAAAGACUGGAAUAUUGAUUACCAAAAAUCAUGAAGAUAAUGUGAUCAUAGGAAAAUUCUGUAUGAUAUGGAGAAAUUAUGAUUUACUUUGA